AUGACCUUGGACACACUUCCCAAUACUGACAUCAAGGGUAUAACAGCUUUGGUCGAUGAUGAUGAUGAUGUGACGAUUGAAGAAAAUCCUCCUUCCUCUCAAGUGAAUGAUGACCAGCCCAUUCUAGACGUUGAUGAUCAGUCUGAGGCGGAUGACUAUAAAGGAUUUCUUGACUUGGAUUGUAUGCCACAAACUGUUAUCCCUCUAAGUGUUGUUUACCCUGAUGUCAAUCCUAGAUUAAGAAAGGUUCCCAUAUUAGGAGGAGCAAAUGAUGUCGAAGCUAGAAGUUCCUCAGCCGCUGGUGUUUCUUCGGUCACUCCUCCCAAGAAGUACAACUUAAUAGUUGAUUUGGAAGAUUUAGCUGAAGACUGGAAAAUAACCUUUGAGUAG